CCUCGAGAUUCCUCCAAGCAGAACGUCCGUGUUGGUCGGACUGACUCUCAGAUAUUGUUCCUAUCUCGUUCAUGUCCGAUAGCAGUGACGUGUGUUCGUUGCGACUCCGCAUGGCGCUCGAAGCGGAUGAAGUGGCCGCGUUGUGCUUGCAGCGCUGGAAGCAGCUCCCCCGCAGAGGGAAGCCGGAGCCCGGCAGGGAGUGGACCCUGCUGGCCGCCGUGCUGCAGAUCACCCGCUGCGCGGACUCAGUUAAGAAGGAGGUUGUGUCCCUGGGAACCGGGACCAAGUGUAUCGGACAGACGGCUAUGAGUCCCAGAGGGGACGUACUCAACGACAGCCAUGCAGAGGUCAUUGCUAGGAGGGGAUGCAUCAGGUACCUGCUCCAGGAGCUGAACAGGGCCGUGCGUGGCGAGGAGAACUCUGUGUUUACUCCAGCAGAUCAACAGGGAAAGUGGAGGCUUCGGCCCGGCGUUUCCUUCCUCUUCUUCACCAGCCACACUCCCUGUGGUGACGCCGCCAUCAUCCCCAUGAUUGACAGCCAGUCUCAGCCCUGCCCUCCUGUGGCAUCCACGAAGAGCCACGAAGGAACCGAUGGACGAGGAGACCUGAAAAGGGGAGCUGAGGAACCAAAUGAAGCGGCCCACGUGAAGCGGCCCCGCCCGGAGGAACAGGAGGCGCCUCCGGAGGACGGAGGGGACCCAAAACCACCCGUCCUGCCAAAUCCCCCGGGAAGUGAGGAUCCAUGGCAGAGUCCCUCUGACGGCGCGGCACCCCCCCCACGGAGCCCAGACAUUCACAGGACGGGGGCCAAGUGCGUGACGGGCGGACCGGCCGACCCCCUGGGCCCCGGGGCCGGCUACCACAGCACGGGGGUGCUGCGGGUGAAGCCUGGGCGAGGAGAGCCCACCCGGUCGCUGUCCUGCAGCGACAAGCUCGCCCGCUGGGGGGUGCUGGGCUUCCAGGGCGCGCUGCUGUCACACUACCUGCAGGAGGCGCUCUACUUCAGCGCCGUGGUGGUGGGCAAGUGUCCCUACAGCCAAGAGGUCAUGCAGAGAGCUCUGGUUACGCGGUGCUCCCAUGUCUCAGACCUCCCUGCUGGUUUCUCUGUGAGUCCACCUGAGCUGCUCCGGUCCAGCCUGGACUUCCCCUUCAGCCAGGCGCAGACGGAGCUCCAGCACCAGGCGGGACAGGGGCGCGUCUCACCCUGCGGGGCAGCCAUCAGCUGGUGUAACGUGACCGAGGGGCCACUAGAUGUCACAGCCAACGGCUACAAGCACGGCGUCACCAAGAAGUCGUUGGGCACGGCUGAAGCCAGGUCCCUCCUGUGUAAAGUGAAACUCUUCCAUUCCUUCCUGUCUGUGGUGGCGGCCACUGACCCUGAAGCGCUUCCCGACUCCCUCAGGAGAGGCGAGCUGAAGACGUACUGGGACUUCAAGCAGGCGUCCCGGGCGUACCAGCAGGCCUGGAAGCAGCUGCGCAGCCAGGCGUUCCCUCUGUGGCCGCGCUGCGACCGCUCGCUCCUGCUCUUCUGCUGAAGCGUCCGUGGUCCAGCUCGCCGUCAGCAGCCAGGUUCCAGCACGGCCCGAGGUCAGACGGGUCCCUCUCGCCGUUCACGAGCGCCACGGGUGACUGAUCGUGGGCGCUGACGUCAUUGAAUGCCUGCGAGCCGGCCCCAGCGCCGCCAAGCCUACAUCUGAUUAGUUAACGCUUUAAGCUACAGGAUUGCUUCUGGAGGCCUAGAUGCAGAUCACUUGGACCCCGGCACGACAUGAUGGAUAAAAUACCAUGGGAUUAAAGCUCCAUCAUAAAGACCGGCCUUCCAAAUCUAUUUAGCUUGGGAUGACCCGUGUACCUGAGAGGGCUGCUUGUAGCGCACGGCACAAUAGAUUCCUCUUAACCCGUGGAACAGUUGUGUCCCUCAUGAAGACCGGACAGGGACUAUCGUUUGUGUUGUCAGAUUCCGCUGACCGGCUAACAGCACGUCGUUGGUUACGACCAGAGGGCUUAAUGUGUCCUCUAAUUGCCAAUGACAUGCCAUUCAAUAUUAAUUGAACACGACUCCGCUGGUAGUGUGUCCUCUAUCUACAGGAAGCCUGUAGGACAACCCUGGUGAUGACAUCUGCCCGGAUCGAAUUCUGCAAGUCAAAUCGGAUAAGGUCAAAACAAGGGUUGUAUAGUUUUAAAGGCAGGAGGGAUCUGACAAAGUGACGCUGUAGGGAUGCAUUGUGGGAUGUAGCAUAUAUUCUGUCAGCAUUUGUACUUGCAGUCAAGAGGACCUGAAAUUGUGUGAGAAUAUCUCAAACGUGUGUUAAUCACAAGUAAAAGUCAAACAUGUUUUCCUCGUUUUAAUCUAAAAUAUGAAUUUAUCUUACCUUGCUGAAUGUGCUAAAGCUUUUCUUUUCAGAAUCCAAUUGUUCUUUUCCUGUAUAACCAAAAUAUUUUUAAAGAAUCAUUUUGAGGCCUGGGUGUUUACAUUAAUUGAACAAAAUGUCUCACAGUUUGGGUGAAAUUUGCCAUUAGGACAUUUUGUAAACUGUAAAAAAUACUCAAAACAUUAUAAAGUUACCUGAGCUGUCAUUUCAAUCAUUACGUCUUAUCUAAAAAAGGAAAUAGCUCUUGUUUUGUAUUUGGUAUAAACUCUUACUACACUGUUAAGGCAUUAAAUACAGUUUGUAAGGGUUAAACAUAUUUAAUGUAUUUUGGCGUCACUACCUCAUAUUUGUUUAUGUUCAUAAAAGGAUGAUGUGCAACAAACGUUGCGCUCAUAUGAAGUCAUAUUGUUAACAUUCAUCAUACACCUCAUUAAUAAGACAAACGCUUCAUGAUUUGCUUUUUUUUAUUGGUCAGCUCUUCCAGCUCCCGUACCUUUUGUAGGAUAUCUAAAAUUCAUUUAUGCCUUUUGAGAUAUACUAAACACACAACACUGACAAAAUAAAAACAAUACCGAAUAC